GAAAUAUGAACCGUAAAAAUACAAAAUUGUUUAAAUUAACAAAUUAUAUGUUUGCUUUUUAAUUACAUGAAAUGGACGUGCUAUGGUCUAAAGAAAGAUUGCAAAAAAUAUUUAGUAAAGUAAGCAACUGAACAACAUAUUUAUGUAUAUUUUUUAAAUUAAAAAAUGACAUAUGGCACAUCCGAAAAAAAAAUCAAUGUUAAAUAUACAGCGAAUGGAUUCCCUUCGCUUAGCGGCAGCACAGGCGUCUGGAGAUGGCGCUGGUCCAAUGCCAUGCUGCCGCUUAUGUGGUGGAGAUUAUAAUUUACACUGUUUCACUGAAAGCUAUAUCUGGGAAGGUGUGGAGGAAAGAUAUGAUCAGCUUUUGCUCGAUUGCUUUGGAGUUCAUGUUCUUCCGGAUUGUAUGAUUUGUGAGCGCUGCAUCCGUCAGCUUCGGAGCACGCAGCGCUUUAGAGCACUUGUUUAUUCAGCGUUUGCAAGACCGCCCAGCGAAUGUUCAGCGAACAGAUAUCAAUUGGAAGUCGGAGAAGGUUUCCCGCAGCUAAGGAUUAAAAACACGGUACCUUCGAAGGUGAAUCUCUACAAGAAGUCGACGAGAACGACCAUAGACAAUCUGAAUAGAAAAACUAAGAGCAUAGAGCGCAAAUCUGCCUUCAACUCCAACACGCAGAUAAGGAGGAUGAAUAUCUCUUGUACUGUUUGCAAGCAGAGGUAUCCCAUGGUGGUGCCGUACGAUGGGGUGAAGAAAUUUGUUUGUUCGCGUUGUAAGAAAAAUGGCGAGCCUCGUAAUAUAUGUAGAAAGUGCAAUGUUAUUCUACCAGCUACUAUGAUGAAGGAUCAUAUGGAAUUGCACGAUAGGGCGGAUUUGAGAGGCAAGAGCAGGCUUUUCAGCCUGCCCAAAAAGUCAUCGCAAAUCACAAAGAGAGAUAUAUUCGAGAGGCGAAAAUAUUACUGCACCCAAUGCGAUAAGAAAUUCACGGUCGCCCAGCAUCUGGCACAUCAUGUUAGUACCGUUCACAAGAACAGCCUGGACUGUCUCUGUGCUGUAUGCGGCAAGGAUCUUAGGACGCGGGACCUAUUGGACCGGCAUAUGCGCAUGCACACCGGCCAGCCGAUAUAUCAGUGUGAUGUAUGCAUGAGGGUCUUCAAAGGGAAGCGGGCCUUCCAAACCCACUAUUUGACACACGGAAAAUAAACUGUCAUAUGUCAAACGUCUGGAAUAUUGGUAGCGUUCCGGUUAUCGAUUCUAAUGUUGGCAAUGAAUUGAAUAAAUGAGGAAGCGCGGGUUUAUUUAUGAAGUAGCUUAUGUGUAUACAUAUUUUUUAAUUAUAUUUAUGUUUUGUAGUACUUUUACAUAUAUUAAAUCUCUUUUGAGAUGUUUACGAUAAUUUUUUUUCUUUAUAUAUGU